AUGACAAGAGCGACCUCCAUCAAGGACGUCGACCAGCACGAGGCUACCAAGUCGAUCGCCCACUUCUUGAAGAAGAGUGGAAAGGUCAAGGUCCCAGAAUGGUCUGACCUCGUCAAGCUCGGAGUCAACAAGGAGCUCGCCCCAGUCGACCCAGAUUGGUUCUACACUCGCGCUGCCAGUCUUGCCCGUCAUCUUUAUUUCCGCCCAGCCGGAAUUGGAGCUUUCAAGAAGGUCUACGGAGGAAACAAGAGACGUGGAGUCGCCCCAAACCAUUUCCAGACUUCGGCCGGAAACUGCCUCAGAAAGGCUGUUCAACAACUCGAGAAGAUCAAGUGGGUUGAGAAGCACCCAGACGGCAAGGGAAGAAUCCUCUCCAAGCAGGGACGCAAGGAUUUGGACAGAAUCGCCACCAGCCUCAGAUCCUCGGGACAACAAGCCUAA